UCACUGCUCAUCAUCAUCAUCAACAUUUCUUCCUUCUUCCUAUUCUUCUUCUUCUUUUUUUUUCCCCUCCUAGUCAACUAAAACUCACCAUUUCUCUUUAACCCUUAUAUAUAUAUAUAUAUUUUUUUUUUAUUUUCUUCUUCAAAAUCUUGUAGGGCUAUUGUAUGGAAUGGUGAUGACUCAUAUUUAUAAUCUCCACAAACACCUAAUUCUAACAUACCCAUAAAGCAAUGUUUGAGCCAUGGAAAUAACCCCUACAAUCACCACCACCACCGCCACUAACACAGGUAGUACGAAAUCCCCAGAAGCUGAAAGCGAAACUCCGACCCGGAUCCAACCCAUUAAGCCUGUGUCCAUUAGCAACGGAGUACUCAAACGCCACAACCCUCACCACCAUCACCACCACCAUCACCACCACUUAGCGGCGGCAACCCCCGUAGUUGUUUCAUACAGAGAAUGCCUCAAAAACCACGCGGCAACCUUGGGAGGCCACGCCCUCGACGGCUGCGGCGAGUACAUGCCUUCGCCCACGGCUACAUCCACCGACCCAACUUCGCUCAAAUGCGCUGCCUGUGGUUGCCACCGUAAUUACCACCGCCGUGAGCCUGAUGAGCAAGCUCUACCUCAUCCAACAACUACCCAUGUCAUCGAGUACCAGCCUCACCACCGCCACCAUCCUCCUCCCCCUCCCCCCCACCACGGCGGGAAUCGGAGCCCCAAUUCAGCUUCGCCUCCGCCGAUCUCUUCGUCUUACUACCCAUCGGCGCCCCACAUGCUGUUAGCUCUUUCGACGGGGCUAUCGGGUCCCGGGGCACAAGAGAACGCGUGUGGGGUUGGGGUGGCCGGUGGUGGUGGGAUGGUGACACCGAGUUCCAACUCUCGGAAAAGGUUCAGGACGAAGUUCAGUCAGGAACAGAAAGAGAAGAUGUACCAAUUCGCGGAGCGGGUCGGGUGGAAGAUGCAGAAGAGAGAUGAGGAUAUUGUUAUGGAGUUCUGCAAUGAAGUUGGCGUGGACAAAGGGGUUCUCAAGGUCUGGAUGCAUAAUAACAAGAACACACUUGGGAAGAAAGACGUUAAUGGUGGCAGUGGGGGGAGGAGCAACAAUAUCCUCGAGCAAACCCAUAACAAUGGCGGCAGCAGCAACAACAACACCAACAACAACAGUGAAAACGACAACGACAACAUGCAGAAUCUCAACCAUUAUAAAGAUGAUGAUGGUGUAGCUCAUGUUGCAACUAAUGGGUCAUCUUCUUCUUCUUGAUCUUUCAUGAAUAAUAAACAAGGUGUUAGAUAGAGUAAGACUACUGGUAUUAAUUAGUUUCUUCUUAUUUUUACUUAAUUUUCUUCUUUUCUUUCUUAUUUUGUUUAGAGUUUUAAUUAAUGAGAUCAUCACUUUGUUGAGGAUAUAACAUGGGAGCCAUUGAUUUAUGCCAACCAAAGAAAACAAAAUUAAUUUGCUUA